CUUAAAUGAUAACGAGUUUUGGCUAAGACACUCUCUUCAGUUUGUGUUCCAAGUAAUGGUAGCAUUUUAUGUCUUUAUACCAUCCUGGAAAAACAAAGAUGCCGUCAGAUUUAUAGCCAUUCCAGUGUUUAUCGCUGGAAUAAUUAAGUAUGGAGAGAGAAUAUUGGUGCUUAACUCUUCAAGCUCCAAGCAAUUUAAAGAUUCCUUGCGUUCACCUCGUGAUUUUUCUCAUGAUCCUCUAAACCUAGAGAAUCAUGAGAAAAAAGAAGAGUAUGAAAAGAAGUCAACUGAAGAGGUAAAUAAUUACUUCAUCGAAGCUGUUUCCUUGUUCAAAAAAUUCAGGUGUCUCUAUGCCGAUUUAAUUCUCGAUCAUGAUGAAAGAAAAGAAAGUUACUCUCUUCUCAGUGAGAAGUCAGCCAAACAAGCCUUCAAAUUGGUAGCAAUUGAGCUUGGAUUCAUGUAUGAUGUCCUCUAAACAAAGACAACCACAAUUUAUUCCGUGUUCGGUAUCAUUCUCCGUUGCAUCUGUCUGCUCUCCCAUAUUUUUGUAUCAGUUAUCUUCUUAAUCUUUAUUGACAAGUCUUCGUAUUCAUCAAGUGACAUCUCCAUAACUUAUGUACUACUAGUUGGAGCAUCCAUUGAAAUAAGUACAGUUUGCAAGGCUUUACUUAAAGAAUCAGCACGGGAUCUUAACAGUAUGGAUAAAGGAAAUUCUCUGUCGGUAUUAGUUGAUGGAUGUAAGCUCGCCAAGCAAUUGCAGACUUUGAACAGAGGUGAUGGUGGGAGGAAUAGUAAAUGGGAGGUGAUAAGUGAAGUGUGGCUGGAAAUGUUGGGACAUGCUGCAAGUCAUUGUGUAUGGAAAGAGCAUGGAGAACAACUUAUGAACGGUGGAGAGUUACUUGCUUCUAGGAGGAUUACAGUCUUUGAAGUCUUUGAUCUCUAUGAUAUUUUUUGUGAUUUUCCAGAUAUUUUUCGUGAUUUUCCAGAUAUUUGCCGUGAUUUUCGCAAUUUGUGUGACUAGGCACAUUGGAGCAUCCAGCGCCAGCAAAGACGAACAGCAAGACCCUGAUGAAGACCAAGGAUGACAAGGAACGAGCAACUGGAGGUUUGUGGAAUGCAGCAAUGGUGGUGGUGUAAGUAGUAGUUCAUACAGACAACUUGGACCAAAUGAGCUGCAUCAAUACCUACAAAUAGACAUAUCCUACAUGACCACGAAGGAGAAGCGUAAGAUGAAUGUGCUUUAAUGAUGGUACCACAAUGCAAGUCAAUUCCCUAUAGUAGCCCAAAUGGCAUGUGACAUUUUAUCUGUGCCAGUUUCGACAAUUGCAUCCGAGUAAGUAUUCUCAAUUAAUGGUCACAUUGUUGAAAAGAGAACAUGUUUUUUAACCAAUAAGAUGGUUAAAGUCAUAACAUGUUUACGAGAUUGGACUCAUGUGGACAGAAGAAAUCAGCAGCACCCUGAAGAUCUCGAACUACUCAACCUCUUCAAAAACAUAAAUAUGUAGGAUGUAAAU